CCUAGUUCUCUUGUUGCGGCUGCCGUUGUCAACAACCCUAAUUGGUAACUUCAUUGCAAAUGUUAGGAAAACAAGCGAGGUCAUCUCAGGGAUCUGAAGAACAUAUAUCAAUCCUUCAUAACAUGUUGAUUGCUUAUAGGAUUAUCUUGACUGCACAUGGGGCAUCAAGUCUGGACCUGAAGGUAUCUGAAAGUAACAGGUCAGCAGUUUCCAUUCUUACCAAGAAUAAACGAGGCAGAAAAAGGAAGUCAGAAUCUAUUUCAUCCAAGUCAUCAAAGUCAUCUCUGAAAACCGUUAGAAGGGCUCGAAAGUUUAAAUUUUCAGGAAACAAAAUAAAAAAUUCAAAGAUACUCAAAAGGUCACCAAGAUCCGCUUCGGCACCAAGACCCAUCGUUAGUAUUACUAAAUGUACCUCAUCACAACAAAAGAGUGGACCAAAGCUAACGAAAAAGAAUCUUUCAUUGCAUUCGCCUGUUUUUAAGGAAGGAGGAUUACCAGAUGGAACUGAACUAACUUACGUUGCUUGUGGAAAGAAAUGUCUAAAUGGUUAUAAGUUGGGUAAUGGUAUCUUUUGUUCCUGUUGCAAAACUGGGAUCAGUGCCUCACAGUUUGUGUUAGAUUAAUCUUGACGGGUCAAGUCGGGUCGGUAGAAGAAUGUAUUUUAUGGGUCAGGUAUUUUAAUUAGUCAUGUGUUUUUUAUGUUGAAGUGUUUAGCAAAAUUAAUUUAGUGGGGUUAAUGGGUUAGUGGCCCUAAUUAUUAGUUAAUGGGUUAGUGGGUCAUUGUUUGUUCUAUAUAUUGUACGUUUCCUAUAGAAUGAGAAGUAGGGUUUUUUUUAGCAGCAAA